UGUCAAUCUGAAAGCCAGAGGGGAGGAGAGGUCAGCGCAGCUAGCAGCCACUGAAGAUUGCUCACCAAAACAGAAGCAGGGAGUCAGCAAAGUUCACCAAAACUCUUAGUUUGACUAGAAUAUCUGUGUGGUGACCUUAAAAAUAACGGGAUGAGCUCAAAUACAACACCGACUAUCGGGGAGUUUUUCCUCACCCUCAGUGAGAUGGGUUUCACAGAGCAGCAGAUCCAGGCAGCUGUCCAGGCAGGAUACCUUUCUGUGACAGAAGCUGCUGAAUGGCUCUUACAGGGUCAGUUUCCACGACACACAUUGGUUAAGCAGUCCUCCCAGUCGUCGGAUACUGCUCUUUCUGCUUUUAACCCGCCCAGAGACGGCGCCGGCGGCUCUGCUCCGCCUGCAUCUCCUAGUGAUAACAGAGCAGCUUGUCCUUCGUCUGUCCUGAAGCUGUCCAACCCUGCCGCUCAUCCUCCUGAUCCUCCUCCUGUUGAGUCACGGAUCAAACAAGACAAGAGUGACUUUGAGGAGAAAGAAAGACAACGUGUUGCCCAGGAAGUCUUAGCCGAGAAGAGGCAAAAGAAGCAGGAGCGUGAGAUGGUUUUAAAACGGAUAGCUGAGGAUCGGAAGACAUUGCAGCAGAAGAGCCACACCAGCUCUGCCGCGGACCAAUCUCCUACGAGCUGUGGCGAAGGGCAGAAACUUGGAGGAAAGAUUCAGACGAAUGUUGACAACAACUGUAUCCUGAUGAUCCGGCUGCCAUCCGGUGAGUCGAUGCGUGAGCGCUUCUCGGCCGACGCCUCGCUGCGCAGCGUCGUGGAGCACAUCAGCGGCCGCCACCCCUCCCUGCCCUCCUUUACCCUCCUUCAGGGUUUCCCCAGAAAGCGCUUUGGCGAGGCAGAGCUUGCGUGUUCGCUGCGUUCCCUGGGCCUCACUCCAAACGCUGCUCUCUGUAUUCAGACCACCCCUCCGGAAACGCCUCAGGACCAACCCAGUCCAGCGGUUCCCCCGCCAGAACCUCCAAACGAGUCGCCUCCAUGCAUUCUUCCUCAACCGCAGGUUCCAGUUCCAGAGGAGGCAGAGAUGCUAAAUCCUGCUUUAGUCCAUCAUCUACCAAACAAUCUGUGGGAGGAGGCUGUGAAUUACGCAGGGGUACCUAGAGCAGUUCCUCCAGGGUUUGGACCUUCUCAUUUCUGGGGUCGGGGCCAAAGAUUGGUUGCUGGGAACCCAGAGGAUCCUGGUUUGGAGGCUGAUGAGCAACCAGAAGUAGGGGGAGAACUACCUAACAUUCCAAACGGAAUGCCCAGGCUGCCUUUCUUCCCGGAGAACAGGAUCCGAGUAGGGUUUGAACCUGCACACUAUUGGCCGGACCAAGGCAAUCGACUCAGAGACGCUCCGGAGGAGGAUCUAGCUGAGCCCGAGGAGGGGGCUGGUCCAGAGGCGCCGGUAGCAGCAGGCCAGGCUGCAGUGGAGCGUCUUCAAAGAGCUGCACAGCAAGAGGACCACAGCCCCCCUCAGGGACACCCUUCACCGCCUAAAAGACCCUUCAGGACACCAAACGUGCCAUCCCUAUGUGCCUUGGCCACCCGUGCAACUGUCCACCUCAUGACUGCUCCCAGUAUGCAGUACAGCAGUAGUCUGGCUGGCCUGACCCCACAGCUCGCAGAGCUUCUGCUCAACCACAUGUCCAAAGAGAGGCUGCUUCGUCCGCGCACCCUGGAGCUGUUCUUCGGCUGCCAGUUACAGAAAUUAGUCCUAAACUGCUACCCUUACUCCACCAACGAGCUCCUGCGGCAAUUAAGAGCGUUCACAGCACUAAAGCAUCUUAGUCUGGUCAACUCCCCUCUCAUCACAGAUUCUGGUCUUUCAGUUCUGCCCAGUCUGGUAAAACUCCAGUCACUUAACCUGGCGUCCUGUAGCAAACUGACGGACUCCUGUCUGCAGUAUAUCACAGGUUUGAAGAGCCUGUGUCUCCUGUCCCUGGAUCAGACCAAAGUGACCGAUGCUGGGAUGGUUCAGUACCUGCGUUCUGCUCCUUCUUGUCUCUCUCAGCUCAGUCUGAACCAGACAGCAGUGACUGAAGCCACUCUAGCUGUGCUCCCCACCUGUGUGCCACAGCUGCGACUACUCAGCAUCAAGCAGUCGAAGGUGAAAGAUAUUUCCGCCCUAGCAGAGCUGUCCAGUUUGCAGACGUUGAAUGUUGAUGGGACGGGUGUGACUGAGGCAUCUCUGGAGAGCAUCUCCACCCACCCCGCCCUGUCUUCUCUGGGUUUAGGAGGAAUCGCUGUAAAAGAUGGGAAUCACGCUCUGAAAAUUAUUUCAGGUCUGAAGUUGACUCACCUCACCCUCCCUGGACGGCACACCGUGACAGACGAGGGGCUGCUAUUCCUGUGUAGGCUGACUCUGCUGUCACAGCUGGACCUGAAGGACUACACAAAGGUCACAGACCAAGGAGUCAGCCAGUUAGCCUCCAUGACCAGGUUGAGGAAGCUUUCUCUGAGCAACACUCAGGUGACAGACGCAGGGCUUCCCUCCCUGCGUGGCCUGCUGGAGCUGCAGGAGCUGUGUUUGGACCGAACAGCGGUGACCAGCCGCGGAGUGGCUGAGCUCAUUACCUGCCUGCCUCAGCUUCAGGUUUUGGGGUUGGCCAGCACACAGGUGGGAGAUUCUGUAGUAAGGAGGGGUCUGAUCCACUGUCAUCAACUGGUUAAAAUCAAUCUCAGCCGCACACGCAUCACGGACCAAGGUCUGAAGCACCUGAAAGACAUGCGUCUGGCUCAGGUCAACCUGGAUGGGACCGGCGUCAGUCUCACGGGCAUUGCCAACCUCCUCUCCUUGACCAACAUCGGCAGCAUCCGGGCCUCUAACAUCCGCACUAUUCCACUGGAUGAGGUCUCUGAUGAGGACUGAGACACAUUUUUAUUUGGACAAAAUGAAUUCAGACAGACCAGAGCCUCUGAAACAUGCUGCCACCAGGACCAACUGGAAACAGCAUGAAGUAAAACACUCCUCCGACUUGCACUGUCUCAACUCCAGCUAGUGCCGCUCUUCUGACAAUCAUACACACCAAGUUAAAAAUCUAGGAAGAAUGGUUUAGAGUUUUGCAGAGAAUUUCAGGUUUCAAUCAGUAAUUAACUUCCAGAUUCGUUAGGCUAACCGCUCUCCAUGUGGUUAGCAACCUGUGGCUAUUUUCUCCACACUGGGUCCUUAUAACUGUAUUCAGAACGAUAAAUUGAUCAUUAGUACAUAACAUCUAUUAGUUAUGUUAUUAGUUGCUAGUUACUAGUUGCUGGACAUUAACAUGGUAAAGGUUGACUAGUGUGACACCAAAGCAGAUUUCCGGCCUCUUUAAACAGCUCCACUCCUAAAGCAUCAGAUGUUCAUGAGGUCAUUCUUAUAUGAGCCUUUAAACCAACAUCAUGUAUUGAUUGGAUAAUUAAUACAGGGGUAACAGCAGCGCACCACCAGGGAUUUUCCUGAGGGAAAUUUGAACCAGGGUUUCCAGCCAGACUAGAGAAGUCCGACAAACUACUAUUAUAUUUUUUUGGGUCGUGGUGAAGAAAAGAAAAUUAAUUUUGAUUCCCAACUUUAUUCUAUAUCUGAUUCUUUCUUUCUUGUCCCUCUGUGCUUCAUUAUAUCCUUGUUCCUCAUGUCCUUCCUUUCUUUAUGUACUGCUUUUUGUUUUUUUGCCAGGGCCAUUCUUUUCUCCCUUGCUUCCCGUUUCCCCCUUUUUGCUUACAAAUGUCCUUUCUUUUCUGUUUCAAGACUUAGGUUGAACUUCAUUGUUUUAUAUUUUAAUAUAAACCUAAAGCACUGAGAACGCUACAAAGUUGAGGCUGGGAAAAUACAGCGGACCCCUUAUUCCGAGAACAGAACUCACCAAGCUUUUGCAGUUGGCUGUUGAGAAAUGAAUGUGAAACGAAAAAUGGAGGAGCUACAGCGGAUUAAAACAUAGAUUUUGUUUUUUUAAAUGCUUUUCAUUUUGCACAACCACCUUCCUUCCAUUCUAGUAGAAGAAAACAAAUCGGUGAUGCACUGCUUCCUAUCUUUUUGUGUAACAACCUUCCAAUCCAAACAUGAGGGUGAUUUCAAGGUUUAGUAAAUGACAUUUGCAUAAACCCAUCUAUAGGGGACUGCUUUGUCAGGUUGAGACCUAAUAAUCUGGAUUAAAACUUACUUAAAACCAAAAUAGUUAUCUUCUGCUUGGUAAAAUAUUUCCUACAUAGGAAAAGAAGAACCUCAGUUCCAAAAUUCUGAGCUAUCCCUUUAAAUUAAAGCUUCUGCUUCAUACCUAAUCAGUUUAGGAAGUUUACUCUCGUAUAUAGUUGAUUAUUUUUGUGCAAAUGGCUUAAACAUGAUAGCUUGAACAGGAAUGCAGGUCAAGCACCAAACAGCAUGCAGUUUUUUGGAAAGCUGAACUUUUUAUUCAAAAUGGCUGCAGGGUGUUUUCAAAUGAUGCAAAGGCACAUUGUUUAAGUUUCAAAUCUUCUGCAUCCCCGCAGGUAAAUUGUCACAGUAGGCUUUAAUAUACAGUGCCUUGCAAAAGUAGUGUUCAGUUUUCAUACUCAACAUGCUCAUAUUAAACAAGCUGGCAGAACCAUGUGGAACGUUAGUGGGAUGAUGGAGCCUAUGGUAACUUGACAAUGGAGUGGAGGCUCACCCAUCAGAACACAAACCUUAACUGGACUGAAGGAAUGGUUUAGCUAGAGGUAUUUUCAUAGUAUAGACUGGAUACCCUUAAAUUAAAAGACUAAGAUGCUCCAUAGAGAUAAAAUGGUAAAACCCUAGCUUCCUGCUGAAGCAUGAUCCCAGUGGCUGUCCCUUAAUGCUAAGAAAUACCACAAUUGAGUGUCAAGUUGUUGAAAGUUCAGUCAUUUGAUUCUCAGAACCCAAACAAAC